UUCCGGGGCUGAGAACCGAGGCUGCCCGGGGUAGUGGCACAUCCAAUCGUCUUAGGGUAAAUCGGGCUGAAGAAGGGGCAAAAGGGUUAGAGGGCGCAGAGAGGCCAUCUAGUACCAAGCAAGUGACGGCCCCAAGAGGCGGUUUUGCGGACUGCGCUUUCCGACCCAGGACUCCUCUUUCUAGCGGAAACUCGGCGACGGCUGCAGGCGGACCCGGCCGGGCGCGCGGGUCCCCCGCAGGCAUGGCUGUCGCGGAUUCGGCGGCGGCGGCGGGCUUCCCGCGUGAUUUCCUGUGGCUGCUCCUGGUUCUUUGGUGCUGGGUGCCCGCCGCAGAUUUCUUGAUAGUGGAGAUGGAAGGGAAGAAUCAGACUGUGUUUCUGUAUGACAAUGUCACCAUCUCCUGCAAGGUCCCUGGUUCCACACCCCUGAACAUCAAGGGUAUGGGUGUUAUCUGGUAUCGGAAGCAUCAGGCAGAUGAAACAGAGCACAAGGUGUUUGAAAUGUAUGGAGACCAUCAAAAGGCAUUCAGACCCGGAGCCAGCGUGUCUCCAGCGGGGCUAGAGAAGGGGGACGCCUCACUGCACCUUCCUGGAGUCCAGCUGAGGGACGCAGGAGAGUACCGAUGUGAGGUGGUGGUCACCCCCGAGAAGGCCCAGGGAACAGUCGUUCUAAAGGUUUUGGCUUCCCCAAAGUGCACCUUGUUUCAAGAACAAGCCACGGCGAAAGAUGAUGGCAACAAAUAUAUUUUGUGUGAGGCAAGUGGGUUCUACCCAAAGGACAUUAACAUAACCUGGUAUAUAUGGAACCACGAGAAUCCCCAGGGCCAGGAGAUUUCUGAAGGCAUCACCAAUGGUCCAGCUAUCAAGAAUGAGGACGGCACAUUUAAUAAAACCAGCCAUUUGAGGCUGGAACACAAUGUGGUCUCCUGCCAAUGUGUGAUAAGACACAUAUCCUUGCCCACCUCCUGCAGGUCCAACUUCCCCACGUCUCGGAUAGGAUCUGAGAUGGGAAAUACCUGGGGGACUACCGAUACUUGUAUUGCUGUUGGCUUUAUUGGAGCAGGCAUUUUAAUGGGACUAAUUUUAUGUUGUAUAAGGAAGAAACAAUUGGUUUCGUUAUUCGUUGGGGCGAUCCGUGCACUUAGCUCCUGGACUGCGGGUCUCCUUGGGCAGCAGGAGCAGCGCUAUGGACUGAAAAGCGGUAUAAAAUUUCUGCGUGGAGUGAAAGAAAAUGGCCGGAACCUAACAGACAGCUUGCAAAUCACGGUUGGGAAAGCACACGCACACAGCUGGCCACUAAGCUGCCAGGAAAAGCGCUCCCUCUACCCAUGGGGUGAAGAAGCCCCAUCGCUACAAGCUCUGGACCAUUGCACUUGGAGAAAUCCGUCAGAUACCAGAAAUCUACAGGGCUUCUGAUCCGGAAGCUGCCUUUCCAGAGGUCAUACAGCAGAUGGAACAAAAAAAUUACAACAAGAAAUUUCUCCAUCAGUGCCUGGUGGAGAAUCGAAGUUCAAGCCAUUCAUUUGAAGUCUGAAAUCCACCAGAACUUGGAAGAAAACUGUAAAAUCAAUAUCUGUGUCAUUUUUUUACUUCCCUUCCUUUUUCUCUACUCAAAUAUUUUAAGACAUAAAUGGA